UGAUUUAUUUGUGCGCAUCUGUCAUCUGUUUUAUAUUUUUUGGCCUCCAACUGAUGUUACUUGUAUGUAAGGACCGGGACAGACUCAAAUCAAAGCAGGAUUAGGGGACAUUACAUCAUCUUAAGCUUUCGUUCCUUGGACAUGAAGAGGGGAUGAAGAUAAGCAGAGGUGAUGGGUGUGGCGCUCACCAACUGAACCUUUGACUAAUCGCUGAGACGCAGCCCCUACCACGCUGCCUUGCAUGUGCUUGGCCAUCAGUGUGCAGCCGUCUGAUUGAGAGGACUGAGAAGAAGGCUAUGACGGCGUUGCUCUGAAGACAUUUUUCAAGGUCCUGUUGGGCCAAAAUAAAAUGCUUUUAAUAUAAUUUACAGUGGACUCCGAAGGCAUCGUUUGAUGCAGAAACGUGCCUGCUGCAGAAAUGCCUGGAGGCCAGUACCAGGUGCCAAGCACCAGGCUCCACCACAGCUGCUAUAGCCUGACGGACAGCUCCGAAGCUGGGGCCGAGGAUGGGGAGGCAGACAACCUCACCCCCUUGGAAAAGCUCACCAGAGAUAUGUGCAAGGACGAGAAGACUAUGAAAGAACUGAUUAUAGGGCGCAGGGUUGGAUUCUACAAGGUCCGUGGAGAGAUCGGCCACGGGACCUUCUCCAAGGUCAAACUGGCUUUCCAUGCUCUGACCAGAGACAAAGUGGCUCUGAAGAUCCUGGAUAAGACGAGGCUGGACGCUGAAGCCCAGCGUCUUCUCUCCAGGGAGAUCAGCAGCAUGGAGGCCAUGCAGCACCCCAACGUGGUCCGUCUGUACGAGGUCGUGGAGACGCCGAGACGCCUCCACCUGGUGCUGGAGUACGCAGGAGGAGGGGACCUCCACAGCAGGAUCUGCAAUGAAGGAAAACUAUCAGACAAUGACAGCAAGAUCGCUUUUGCCCAGAUCCUCUCUGCCAUCAAAUACAUGCACAGCGUCAACAUCAUCCACCGGGACCUGAAAGCAGAGAACGUCCUGUUCACCACCGACAGCUGCGUGAAGGUGGCCGACUUUGGAUUCAGCACGCAGGUGUCAAACCACAACAUCGCCCUGGACACCUUCUGCGGCUCGCCGCCCUACGCUGCGCCGGAGCUCUUCAGGGACGAGUGCUACCUGGGGCCUCAGGUAGAUGUGUGGGCCAUGGGAGUCGUGCUUUUCUUCAUGGUGACCGGCUCUAUGCCAUUCCGUGCUGAAACCAUGGGCAAGCUGCGGCGCUGCAUCAUUGAAUGCAAUUACACUGUCCCCCCGUGGGUGCCGGGCCCCUGUCAGAGGCUCAUAAAGGGCAUCUUGAAGCCAGACCCCAGCGAGCGAUACGCUAUUGACCAGAUGCUGGGCUGUGAUUGGCUCUUACCUGUAGAGUUUCCCUGGUCUUUUCUGCCUUGUGAAUCAACAAACACCCUGAGGAGCCUGAUGGACUUUGAGAGCAGCAGCCUAGAGGAGGAAGUGGAGGAGAUCAGAAGCUCGCUGGAGAACCUCGGCUUUACUGCAGAGCACCUACAGAACAAUCAGCUGAAAGACAGCCGCAGCCCCGUCACUGGGGUCUACCGCAUCCUGCUGCACCAGGCCGAGAAGAAGAGGGGCUGCGACUCUCUCCCAGUGGUCCGAGGGAUGAUGAGGGACCCCAAGAGGGAGGGGCUCCGGGCCUACAGAGGGCUCAGGCACACCUCCAAGUUCUGUGUGCUUUCAUAACAGAGCACUGCUUUUAUACAGACUGCUUUUAUACCAACUUGCAACAAAUAGGAAAAAUUUUAAGUGACUUUUAGUUUUUACAGUUUGUAGCUUUUUGAUAAAUUUCUUCCCAAUGCAACUCUCUGAUAGGCUGAGAUGAAUGUGGAAGUGCCUCAUGACAUUAAACAAAGGUAGUACUCAA